GAGCCGGGGAAAAAUGGCGGCGCCCGGCGUCUGCACGCCGCUGCACGGGCACGUGGGCCGCGGUGCCUUCAGCGACGUGUACGAGCCCGCGGAGGACACGUUCUUGCUCUUGGACGCUCUCGAGGCGGCGGUGGCCGAGUUCACGCGAGUGGAAAUAUGCCUUGAAGUAGGGUCAGGAUCUGGAGUGGUAUCCACAUUCCUAGCCUCCAUGAUAGGUCCUCAAGCUUUGUACAUGUGCACUGACAUCAACCCUAGGGCAGCGGCCUGCACCCUGGAGACAGCUCGCUGCAACCAAGUUCACGUACAGCCCAUAAUCACAGAUUUGGUCACAGGCUUGCUACCAAGAAUGAAGGAAAAAGUUGACCUUCUGGUGUUUAACCCCCCCUAUGUAGUGACCCCACCUGAAGAGGUAGGAAGUCACGGAAUAGAAGCAGCCUGGGCUGGCGGAAGAAGUGGCCGUGAGGUCAUGGACAGGCUCUUCCCGCUGGUCCCAGACCUCCUGUCACCAAGCGGGUUAUUCUAUUUGGUUACUAUUAAGGAAAACAAUCCAGAAGAAAUUUUGAAAACAAUGAAGAUGAAAGGUCUACAGGGAACUACUGCCCUUUCCAGACGCGCAGGCCAAGAACUGCUUUCAGUCCUGAGGUUCACCAAGUCCUAGUACACAGUGUCUGCUGUUACGUUGAAUAUAUUUAAUAUACAUGAGUACAUAUUAUAUUGAAUAUAUAUCAUAUAUGUGAUUAUAUAUAUUUAUAAGCUGAAGAUAUUCACCAUAUUUUGAAACUGAAGUCAUUUCUUGGUUACCAAGUAAAAUUGCCAGAAAUGUGUCACACAGAGAAAGGGGGGAGGGUAAGGCACUUUCUUCCACCCUGGAGUCUAGCCUACAGAAAUAUUUGCAAGGACAUACAUAUAUUAUAUAGACUGUGCAUUUGUAUUUCCAUUAUGUAUGAAAGGAUAUUCACUUCAGCAUUACCUGUAAUAGCAAAACAAGGGAAUCAACCUAUCUAACCGCUAUUUAAGGGGCUGGUGAAACCCCCCUGCAAUACAUCGAUGACACUGAGUGUGGGUCGCCUCCAGCCUUGAGAGCGCUGGUCUGCGUGCACUGAGCCAGCAGGGGUUCAGGAUGUACUACUGAGUUAAAAAAGCAGAAAGUUACAGAACAGUAUUAUGUGUGUAUUUUGAAGAAACCAGUGGAGAGGGCAGGUGUGUGUGUACGAGAGGAAGCCUCAGAGACAGCAGGUGGGAGCAGAGGAACUGCCGCUCUUUGUGGUGGCAUUUCCAUGAAGAUAUGUUACUCGUGCGAUUUUAAAAAGUUUUUGUUUUUUAAAUUGUUUUACUGCUGUUCAGUUACAGUUGUCCCCCUUUUCCCCUACAACUCUCCCCUGCCCGGCCCUCCCCCCCUUUGUCUUUGUCCCUGGGUUCUUUCUACAUGUUCCUUAACUUGACCCUUCCCCUUCUUUCCCCCAUUACCCCCU